GAAGAAGAAAUUCAAGAUGGCGGCCGCUACUGCAAUGGAAGARGAGUUUGAAGACGCUCCCGACGUGGAGCCAUUAGAACCAACUCUGAAGAACAUUAUCGAACAGAAAUCUCUUAAAUGGAUUUUUGUUGGUGGAAAGGGUGGUGURGGUAAAACCACAUGCAGCUGUAGUUUAGCUGUCCAGCUGACUGCUGUCAGGGAGAGCGUCCUCAUCAUAUCCACAGAUCCUGCCCAUAACAUCUCUGACGCGUUUGACCAGAAGUUCUCAAAGGUGCCUACAAAAGUAAAGGGCUAUGACAACCUUUUUGCAAUGGAGAUUGACCCAAGCCUGGGUGUAGCAGAGCUGCCUGAUGAGUUCUUCGAGGAAGACAACAUGCUCAGCAUGGGCAAAAAGAUGAUGCAGGAGGCCAUGAGUGCUUUCCCUGGCAUUGACGAGGCCAUGAGCUACGCAGAAGUCAUGAGGCUAGUGAAAGGGAUGAACUUCUCUGUGGUGGUCUUUGACACUGCCCCCACUGGCCACACACUGCGGCUGCUCAACUUCCCCACCAUCGUGGAGCGAGGCCUGGGUCGCCUCAUGAAGAUCAAGAACCAGAUCAGCCCCUUCAUCUCUCAGAUGUGUAACAUGCUUGGUCUGGGAGACAUGAACGCAGACCAGCUGGCGUCUAAGCUGGAGGAAACUCUGCCAGUCAUUCGCUCCGUUAGUGAGCAGUUCAAAGAUCCUGAACAGACCACCUUCAUCUGUGUGUGCAUCGCUGAGUUCCUGUCGCUGUACGAGACCGAGCGUCUGAUCCAGGAACUGGCCAAGUGUCGCAUCGACACACACAACAUCAUCGUCAACCAGCUCGUUUUCCCCGACGGGGACAAGCCGUGUAAAAUGUGUGAAGCUCGUCAUAAAAUUCAGUCCAAGUAUUUAGAUCAGAUGGAAGAUCUGUAUGAAGAUUUCCAUAUAGUAAAGUUACCGCUGCUGCCCCACGAAGUCCGAGGUGCGGACAAGGUCAACAUGUUCUCUAAGCAACUCCUGGAACCCUACAAACCCCCAAACAAGUGAUGAACCCCGUCAUUCUGCAGGUCCUGCUCUGUCUGCACCCCCCCACCCCUUCUUACAAACACUUCAACAAUCUGAAUGCUCCUCCAUCAAAACGUCUCUGUCCCAACCAGCAACACCUUCAACAUGAUCCUGUCAGUCCUCUGAAGGAGACCCACAUUCCUGUGUUGAAGAGGAGCUGAUCACACACACACACACACACACACACACACACACACACACACACACACACACACACCCUCUUUACUUCUGUUCUAGUCUUAAUGCAUUAAACGUGUUCUGAUCAAACCCUCCUCCUGUGCUGUUUACAGCCUGAAAUGUGAAAGUGUUGCCGGUGACAGUGCUGUUUAUUUACAGGAUAAAGCCGCUCCGAUGGUCGGCCUAAUCGCCUUGUUCACUCUGUGUGAUCUGGUGGCUGUGUCUGUCCUCCACUUUGACGUGUUGACUAAUUAUAAACUCGUCUAUAUCUUGAGAAGUUCCACCCUGAUUUCCUCUGUAAUGGGUUUUAACAYCAGGGCGACUGGUGGAGGGGAUAAAAGAUUUAGCAGUUUUAAACCUUUAAAAACAUUUUAUUUCAGUGCAUGCAUCAUUUACCAUCAUAGGUAAUUAAAUCCUGCCAUAGUUCUAGUGUCACWUAACGGUCACUGUGAUUUUCAAAAGAACAUCGUUUAAAUMGUAAWAUUCAAACAUCAUAGCCUUUUGUUYCAUAUUUUGGACCACUCAUGCUUUGUUGGAGAUUGUACCAGUUGUGAAAGGCUAAUUUAACAGGUUUUCAUGACUAGUGAAAGCUGAACGUGUUGUGAUGCUGCAGAGCUCAUAAAACCCAUCGAUUAUUCCUCAAACAGUCUGUGAGCUUUGUUUACUGGUGUUUGGUAACAUUUAUGAGGAGCAGCAGUAACUGAAACGUGUGUGAAAUGUUUUUAUUUUAUUUUUUUGGUCUAGUUUUAAGCAAACGAUUGUAAACAUCCUUAUUGAUUGAAAACUCUAACGUUCAGGUAGAAAACCUGUUCAGGCAUCUCGAUGUUAAAUCAGAAUUUCCCCGCUCUGUCACUGAAUGCUUCUGAGUCGAUCUGUUUUCUAGAGAUUUUAUUUAAAUUAUAUUGCAAGUGUGAAUUAAAGCAAACUUGCCUCAGCUA